AGAAGUCAUAACCUCCCCCAUUUACAACAUGAAGAAUAGCACUAAAAUCCUGCUCAUAUUUUGCCUUGCCAUUGGCAUCAUUUUCUUGUCCCUUUACGAAUCUGACCAUAUUCCAGGGCUCCAGUAUGAUGUUCGUGUCAUCAAUGGCUUCACCAACAACUCAUCGCUGCCUCUAGUUAUAUGGUGCUCCUCCAACGGGGAUGAACUGGGCGGCCGUGCCCUCCAGGAAGGCGAAGACUUCAGCUGGAGCCUCAGGACCAACUUCUGGGGCAAUACUCAUUACUUGUGUACCAUGAAAUGGGAAGAAAGGAGGAGGCAAUUCGAUGCUUUUAAGGUUCCUAGGGAUAUUUAUCGUUGCAGCCUCUUCAGGAAAUGUUCUUGGUUGGUGAGAGAGGAUGGAUUUUAUUUCAGUGAUGAUGAAGUAAAUUGGAAGAAAGACUUCUCGUGGUUGUAAUGUAUUUGGUCAUCAAGUUUCAUUUUUGAACUUCAUUGAUGACUAGACUAGCUAGCCUGUUUCCAUGCAUUGUAAGGUUUGGCCAUCAAAAUAUACGGUUGGAAGAGAGGAACUCGGCUGUUAUAUAUGUAAACACCAAUUAAUUCAGGUUUGAUAUGAUUAAUGUUUAUUAUAUUUUCAUGUAGCUUUGACUUCAAUUUUCUUUUUAUAUAUAGAAGUGGAAUCUUCUCAGGAUCAA